GGGGGGUGGUUAUCGAGGAGGGUGGCGGUACCGGGCGCCAGUCGCUACGCGGACUUCGUUCUGAAUUUCCCGACCCGACGCGCACCCGACGUCGUCGCGACGCCCGUUUACCGAUACCGCGAUCUCAUCCCCCGCACGUCCUUGCGACGAAAUACAUAAAUCCACCCCGUACGCUACGUGUGGAGGAGAAGGGAAGGAAAAAAAACAAAAAAAAAAAAAAAAUUUAUUCAAAAUAAAAGAACAAAUACAGCCGACUUUCCACCCCCUCGUCGCCUUAAUUUUCCACGAAAACCGGACGUCCGUAUCCUUGUCGUCUAAGCGGUGGAUUACGGUUUCGCUUUUUCUUUUUUUUUUUUUCUAUGGCUUCCCACUCCUGGAGCAUGAGAUACGUGGGUGAAUAUUACAUGAAAAGGGUGACCGAUAAAUAUUGUGAUGUCUACUCUACGCUUCGUUUCGUCAGAGGAAAUGUUUGAGAAAUUGUUCGACAUUAAAAUGGAAAAGUUUUUUCAAACUUCUUCACGCGUUGCAGUGUAAAUAUCGAUGGGGGUGCAGGUGCAGGGAUUCAUGAUCGAUAUGAAUCUACGUAACCUACCUAUGGAGUUAAAUUUACAGUGAAAGUUUCCAGUGCGUAAGGUACACAUGUACGUACGUACGUGUACGAUCUAGUUUUCGAUAAGUUUUCAAAUGCCCACGAUGCUAAAAAUUAGUGGACUAUUAAUAAUCGUAUAGAAUCGUAAUUUUCUUCUUCUUUUUAUACCAAAUAAUAUAAACUCGAGCGAAACCGAAAGCUUUCAAAAAUGGAAACCCACGAUGUACGCGGUGUAUAAAAAAAAAAGUGUUGCAAGUACAUUGCUACGCAAGUGUUGACUUCGCAAAAAAAAAAAAAAAAAGAAGAAAUCGUUCAAUAUUUAAAAUCGUAUGAAAAGUUUGCUACGACCGAUUGGUCGAAAUAAGGAGGAAAAAGAAAGACUGCCCGUAACCAUGUUGAGUGACGACGAGUGUUGAGACAGUUUUCACUGUGUUUGGAAAAUACUUAAACGUACACGCACACACCUGUACACGCACACGGCAAACGUGAACGGGUGAAGAAUUUUACCAUGUAUAUCUAACGACACUAUGUACCGAUCCAUGAGGAUUUGUUCGUUGGAGAUAAAAGUGAAAUAAGGGUGGAAAAAAAAAAAAAAUUCUUCGAUUACCGCAACGAUCCAUCAAUUUAUCGAUCUUCGAUGUCGCCGAUGUUCCCGCUCAACCUUCUUCUCGUCGUCUGAUGGCGCGUCAAACUGUCCGGCAAUGCGACGGAAAUCGGGUGAUACGGUAUUACAAAAGUUGUGAAGAAGAAAUAAAAAAGAGAGUCGAAUGAAGAUAUCCUAGUAGACGAGAACUUGGACAUUUGCGUUAUUUAUUUUGAUUGAAUAUCGUUUUUUCUUUUCCUUUUUAUUUCUAUUUUAUUUCGCGCUUCUUCAAAGAAGAAUAAGGAAGAGAGAAAAAGAGAAAAAGAAGCGAUCGAUGAGACAAGGUAAUGAUGACGGUGAUCAGCGCGAAGGGUGUAACUACUAGUCAGUGGUUAUUGGUUUGGUGGUGGAGAGGAAUGCUUUUGGGAUCGGUUUUAACGUUGACAACCAUGGCGGAGGAUUGCCCGUCGGUGUGCGCCUGCAAGUGGAAAAGCGGCAAGGAAUGGGUCGAAUGUGCUAAACGGGGAUUGAUAGGGCUACCGCAAGGUGCCGGUGAGGGAACUCAAGUAUUGGAUUUAGCCGAUAAUCACCUAGUCAGUUUAACGCCGCAGUGUUUUCACGCCCUCGGAUUGAUCAAUCUCCAAAGGUUGUACCUGUCGAGAUCGAAGAUCGAACGUAUAGCCGAGACGGCAUUCUUCGGACUGACUGGAUUGGUCGAACUUGACAUUUCGGGGAAUUUGAUAACCCAAGUACCAUCCGACACAUUUCCAUCGUAUCCGGGACUCAUGAGACUCAUAUUGAACGGCAAUCCCAUACGAGAGGUGAGAAGAGAGGCUUUCCACCCCUUGGUGCAUCUCACGGUCCUCGAGAUGACGGAGUGCAAACUCGAAACAAUCGAACAGAGCGCUUUCUUCGGACUCGAUGCCCUCGAAUGGCUGAGACUCGACGGAAACCGACUCACCUACGUCCCCGACAUGACGCUUCCGCUAGGUGGUAAUCUCCACGGACUGACGUUGCACAAUAAUCCCUGGCUGUGCGAUUGCAAACUCAGACCGAUGCAGUCGUGGCUGUUGGAAUCGGCGCCGGCGGCGCCUCAGGAAUCCGAACCGACCUGCGAGUCUCCGCCUCGUCUUCACGCGAGACAAAUAAAAAUGGUUAAACUGAACGACCUCGCGUGUAUGCCGCGGGUCACGGUCAAGGAACAAGUCGACGUAUUCGAAGGAGCCAAUCUUACGCUGAGAUGCGACGUGCACGCCGUACCUUCCGCUAAGGUCACUUGGUGGUUCAACGGAGAACCCUACGAACCGCAGAACGAAAAUGACACUUACGCCUCUUCGGCGCCCGCUCUUAUAAGGUACUAUUACCGCGAGCGCGGUCACACGAACAAGAGCAACACUCUCCAUCUCCAAGGUGUGGAAUUAACGGACGAAGGAACGUUCACCUGCGUCGCCGCGAACAGCGCCGGUUCAGCCGUAGCAAAUCUCUCUUUGAGGGUCUUAAUUCGCGACAAAGGCACCAUAGAACCACCGUUUGAUCAACCCUCAACGGGAUACGUCGCGGCGGUGGCGGCGGGUGCUUUAAUCGGAACGCUUCUAGCCCUGGGAUGUGUAAUCGGUUGUGUUUUAUUCUGUACAAAAAGACGCCAAGACCGUAAGAGAAAUGCCAAGUCCCUGGUGGCCCAGGGAAAAAGUAUAACCCCGGUGGCUAAGGACAACGCGACGUUACCGCGCAUAAAAGGUAACGCCGGCGAUCUGAGCUUCGAGAGACAACAGCAAGUUCUCUACAACGAACGGGAUAUGGUGAGAAAUUCGACGUUGGAAAGAAGGGAGCCGGUGGAGGGUGCUUACAGAAACGCCGGCACCAAGUACCUGACCGAACCCGACCUGAUCAACGAAGUGCCGGAGUCCACGGACAGCUACAACAUUUAUCAACAACAACAACAGCAGCAGCAACAACAACAACAACAACAACAAAGAAACGAUCAUCGCCAGAUGCUGGCUGAUUACGAUCCCAGAUACUGUAUGCAGCUCGACUUACCACCUGACAUACCGCAGAUGAGUUACGUCGACAAGGACGGUUACCCCAUUGAUUUUGGUCUGCCGAAAAUUUCAUUCGCCAGCACCCUGCCCCGAAGAUUACGACCGCUGGAAGCAGGCUCGGCCGCCGCCCCUCUAGCGAGAUACUCGAGAGAAGCCGAAUUUCUCGCCAGAUCGACGCCGUACGACGUUGUUGUCCCGAGGAGCGAUACGCGUUACACAGCCGAAGGAUAUCCGUAUCCCGCCCACCAUACCCUGCAACAUCAGGCAAUAAAGCAACAGACUAUCCAACAACAAAAUAUCCAACAACAACAACAACAACAACAACAGCAACAGCAACAACUGCAAAUUCCAACGUCGCCGACAUCACCGGCGGUCUUGCCAGACGUUCCUUUCAUACCGUCACCACCAGCUGCCUACAGGGGUGAGCCAACGCCUUUAUCGCCAAGGUCAUUGCUCAGCAAAACCGCGAGGGAGGCGGCGGCAGCGGUCGCCGCAAGAGCAGAAGGUGCUCAUCAACCCCCGGAACAUUCCGAAAGUCCUGACGAAGGAUACGUCGGUGAAACAAUGGACGUUUGAAACGAGGCGAAGAAAAAGAGAAGAUAAUCGGUAUGAAAGUGGACCUAAUAUAUAAUUAUUGUUCCGAGGACGCCAAUAUGUAGGAAACAAUUGACUCGGUAACGAGUGAAGUAAAAAUUUAAUAAUAAAAACAACUAUCUGAUGCAAUAAAAUUGUGUUAACAAAUGGCGAAAGUUCCAGGGAGUUCCAGGAUAUAAGCAAACUUUAUAGUUUAUAGUAAUUCGUGAACGAAUCAUCAUAAAUGACCGUAUUCAACGUAAUAAGAGUCAUGUUAUAAUAAUAUAUUACGUAAUACACAACCGUAUUAUGUAUAAAAGUAAUAUAUAAAAAGUGUUUUGCAAAAAUUUCUAUUUGAAACAUGAAUGCGCACCGUACAUUGAAUUAUAGUGUAAAUAAAAUAAGAUAAAUUUUAUGUCGGUUAAAAGUAAGAAAUUAAUAAUAAAAAAAAAAAAACAACAAAAAACAACCCCUUAAUUGAAUUGUGUAAAUUGAAUAUCAAAUGAAACUGAUGAAAUGUGAUAAGUACAUAGCAUAUGCACACAUAUACUAUUACAAAUUACACGGAUGUUCAGUGCUCAAUGAUAAUGGUCUAAAUAAAAGAAAAAUUAACAAAAAAAAAAAGAAAAAACAAUAAUGAAAAUUUUACAUAUGGAUGGUGUAACUAAUUAGGUGAUACGUACUUUUAAUGAACAAAAAUUAAGGAAAGAAGCAAAUAAAAAAGAGAGAAGGAGAGAAGGGGAGGAAAAAAACCACCUUACAUGCUCAAGACAUUCAGUAAUAAAAAAAUAUAUAGGUUUACGUACGUUGUAUAAGUAUCGUAAUUAAGAAAUAAUGUAAAAUAAAAUAAAUUGUUAUUGCUCAUAAAUAUCAAGGAACAAUAAUCACACCGACAACAAUAAUAACGUGUAUUAGAAGAAACAAAAACAAAAAAAAAAAAUAAAAAUAAAGAGAAGCAGAGAUAAAAUAUUUAUGCUGCAACGAUAAUAAGAUCGUCGAUAAUAAAUUUCGCGGCCAAAGUACGGCACUAAAAUUGGGUUUAAUAUUACAUUAUUUAUGUAGUAUAUAAGGUCAUAAUGAACUACGUGUUACGAUGAUAAAAUACAUACCUCCAAAGUGGCAAUUUGUACGGUCUAUAUAUAAAGAUAUUGUAAAACGAAGAACUACCGAAAAAUGAAACAGACAAAGGAUAAUGGCCUCCAUUUUUAGAAUGAAUAAUACCCGUCAAAAAAAAAAAACAAUAAUCAGAAUCACCCCGUGCGUAUGUAAAAAACGACUCAAAAAUCGAUAAAAACAAUAAUGCAAAAACUAUAACGACACUAAUAGAAGAAAAUGUAAGAAAAAUAAUAAUAAUUGUAAGACUAACGAUAAUCGUGAUAAUAAUAAUAAUAAUAAUAACAAUAUGACUAAUAACAACAACAACAUUGUUUGCAUUAAUUUGUGAAAAACGAAGCGGAAGCUCAAAAAAAAAGAAAAUAGUGAAGAGUGAACAUUUCACGUAGCGAGAAGGGAAAACGUAGCAGAGAGAUACGUUGCACGAAUAAAAGGAGAGAGAGAAGAGAAUAUUAUUAGGUAUGAUACACGAUUUAGAUGACCCAACUAUAUGAAAUGCAUAUAUACAUAUAUAUAUAUAUAUAUAUUCUCUAAAUAGUACGUAUAUGAUAUCCAAAGAAAGUGUUUUUUUACCCUCUUAUUAAAUUAUAUACCAGCCUAGUGAAUUGUGAAAAGAUAUGAAGAAACGGAGACAAGGAUAUGAAAAUGUAGAAACAAACGAUUAAAUAGAUCAAUAUAUAAAUAAAAAUAAUCAAUUAAUAAUAAAUCAGUAAAAUGAAUUAAUAAAAAAUUAAGACACGUGUUAUACAUACAGAUUGUAAUACAUAAACCCUAUAAACUUCACCCGAUAUUAUGGUACCGUGCAGAUUUUCAGGCGAAAAGACUAAAAAAAAGAAAAGAAUUCUCAAAUCGAAGACAAAACUUCACGAAACGUACGUACAUACAUAUAAUAUUUACACGUAGUACAUACACGGACGAUCUCAAUAUGGGCGAUCUCAAACACGUAGAAGAUUAUAAUCGUUGUUAUUAUUAUUAUUAUUAUUAUUAUUAUUAUUAUCAAUAUUAUCAUCGUUAUUAUUAAUUCUAUUGUUAUCAUCAUCAUUAUUGUUAGUCGGAGAAACAAACCAGAACAAAAUUAUUAUGUGUAGGCAUAAAUAAUAUAAUUGAUUCAUUAUGAGUGAUUAUUAUAUUAAACAUAUGUAAGACAAAAAUUUGACCGUGUUUCACAGGGUAUAGGCAACGUUCGCGUGCAGAUAAGAAAAUAUCGAUGAAUAUAGAAUAUUUGAUUAAUAAUGCGUUUAGGUGUGUGUAAAUUAGACAUCGAGGAUAAGAGAUUAGAGAAAGAGAAAAAUAAUAAUGAAUAAUAUUAACCUUAAGAGUAAAGAGAAAGAAAAGAAAUUAUUACAAUUGAGAUGCAACAAUGAAAGACCCAUGUUUUCCUGACUUCCUUGGCUCCCUUCACCCUCCGAACCCUUCAUCGUGCACCCUGUAUGAUAAACGUAUUCGCGACUCGAUUGAAAUGAAUUUAACGUUGUAAUAACUCUGGAUAUACACGAUAAGCACAUAGUCGUAAGUCUAGGUAGAUAUAUAAAUGUAUAUUAUAGUGAAUCUGUAUGCGGAGUGCAGAUCGUGACGAGAUACACCUAUUUGUAAUUUUUAAUCAUAUACCGAUGUGUAAUUACAUGAAUAGCAAAUAAUAUUAUCGAAUAAUUGAUAAUGAUAAUGAUAACGAUAAUAGUAAUAAUAGUAAUAAUAACAAUAAUAAUGACAUUAAUAUUAAUAAUCAUGAUAGCAUUAAUAACAAUAAUAAUAACAAUAACAAUAAGUAUACAAGAAUAUUCUUUUUUUAAGGAAUGUAGAUAAUAUGUAAUAAAAGGUAUGUAAGUAAAAAUUAACAAAUUAAAUUAAUAUUCUAUUGUAUCACGCGAGAAGUAAGAUGAAAUACAUUGUUAGAAGAUAUGAAAAUCA